ACACCUGAACAGCACAUAAACAAAAGAUCACCGUCUGCAAUGUUUGUGUAGACAGCAGACACAUGAGAAGAUCAAGUUCUCCAAAGACAGAGAGACUGAGACAUCACCAUGCUGCUGCUCCUCUUCUUGUUUGGCCUGGCUCUGGGUGCUGCACCUCCUUCAGAAGAUCCUGACUUCAAGCUCCAGCGUGGAGGCUGUCCUCUGUUCUGGUACAGCUUCAACGGCCGCUGCUACAAGUACGUCGCCACAUCUAUGACCUGGGCCGAUGCAGAGCUCCACUGUGUGUCAAUCAGAGCCAACCUGGUGUCCAUCCACAGCCUGGCGGAGCAAGAUUUUGUCAAAACUCUCAUCAGGAACUUUGACCCUGGUCUCAAACAUACCUGGAUCGGACUCAGUGACGUCCACAAAGAAGGAAGCUGGAUGUGGUCAGAUGGGUCUGCAGUCAACACUACGAUUUGGCUUCCAGGACAGCCGGACAAUUAUCAAGGGAACGAAGACUGUACAGAGAUCUGGGGCCCAGACUUCAGAUGGAAUGACAUACUGUGUACCAUGACGAAGCCUUUUGUUUGUGCGUUUUCAUGAAGUCAACAUCGUUCAGAUUCAUCUGUGCCUCUGUAUGCUGAACAACAUGUAUCCUCUCAAAUUUCUGCUACAUUAAAUGAUGGA